UAGCGAAAAGAUUGAGCAGUCCCUUACGAAAUAUUGAAAUGGUAAAAUGGUCAUCUUCAAGAAGCAUUUGUCUACAAAACAAUGUCCUCUCACUUGACUGACUCGCUCAUAGCCGGCGCCAUCUCUGGUGGAGUCACCCGCCUAGUUGCUGCUCCUCUGGAUGUACUCAAAAUCAGAUUCCAGCUCCAACUGGAACCCAUCAAGGCUGGGUCCAAGUAUUCUGGUGUGUUGAGUGCAGUUAGAACUAUCAUAAAGGAGGAGGGGCUCUCUGCAUUCUGGAAGGGCUUUCUUCCCGGGGAGUGUCUCUACAUACUAUAUAAUGGAGCACAGUUCAUGUCAUUUGAAUGGGCUAAGAAGAUACUCCACGCCCACUCAUCUGCUGCCUCUGUACAGAACACGUCAGGAGUGAAUUUUGUGAGUGGGUGUGUCGGUGGUGCGGUUGCCACAGUAACCUCAUUCCCAUUUGACGUACUCAGGACGAGAAUGAUAGGACAAGGAGAACCAAAAAUCUAUAAGAACACGUUUCAAGCUACUAGGAUCAUGUUCAGAGAGAAUGGAUUAAAGACGUUUUAUAAAGGUCUAACCCCUGCCCUGCUGUCAGUGGUACCACUCACUGGGCUAGUGUUCACCUUCUAUGGAAUGUUUAACUACCUGUGGGACAUCACACUUGAACAGAAGUUGCUAGGAGCCAAGUCGCUGGUGUGUGGGGGGCUUGCUGGGGUCAUCCCAAAGCUCAUGCUAAUGCCACUAGACUUCUCUAAGAAGAGACUGGAGGUACAAGGAUUUGAGAGUGCCAGAGCCACUUUUGGGAGUGUGGGCAGUUAUCGAGGGUUCUUCCACUGCCUGAUGACCGUGUACAGAGAAGAGGGGCCUCGAGCAUUCUACAAGGGGGCUGUCCCCACUCUACUCAAGUCUGCAGUGUCAGUGAGCAUCUCCUUCACCAUCUAUGAGCACACUAGGAACUUACUAGUGGGACUCAACUCAUGACUUAUAUCACAUCCUACCAAUUUUUAUUACCAUUCUUUUUAUUGCAACCCAGAUUUUGUGUUUCACUUAGAAUACAACCAAGUUAAUGGUAUUCAUAACAAAAUCUGA